AAAAUAUAAGCUAAAGUAAUUUUCAUGUUGUGGCAUAAGUAUUUUGACAAGUACCUUUUUAUGUGAAUAACAAAGUUUAAACUUAAAAAACCUAAAGGCAAAAAAAGGAAUUUAGUAAAAUAUAUAAUUUCCUUUAGUUUCAAUAACUUUUUCCAGGCGUCCCGGUACUGAAUCAAUUAAAUUUUGGAUGAUCUCUGGAGAUAUCUGUUCUCAAAGGGAACUGACCUCAGAAAUUGUCUCCUCUCUGGUUUUAUUCAACGAUUCUGUUCCUUUACAUUUCAAUAAGAGACCAGACGUUUUCAAUUAUAUUUAAAUCUGGACUUUGAGGUGACCAGUCCAAAGUGGUAACACCAACAUCCUUCAAAAAUAUUUUAAUCAUCUUGGCUUUGUGGCAUGGGGCGUUAUCCUGUGGCAGAAUGAAGGAUUGACCAAUAAGCCUGUCUCCAGAAGGAAAUGCAUUCUCUUCUAGAACCAGUAAAUAUAGGCCUUGGUUCAUCGAGCCAGUGACAGGAACGAAGUCACCCAGUGCAUUAUACGCUACACAUCCCCAGAACAUCACAGAGCCUCCACCAUGGCUUACUUUUUGGCAAACGGGCCGCCUUUUCUGCCUUUGUUCCAUUGGUAAUCUUACAAAAAAUUUAUUUUUUGAUGAAUUAUACUCAAAGGAGCUUUCAUCUGUCCUUAGAGCGCUCCUCCAGAACUCCUUUGGCUUAUGGGCAUAUUCCUUUGCGAAAGUCAGUCUUUUGAGCUUGUUUGCUUUUGUUAUAUAUGACACUUCCUUGACUUUAUAAGUCUUAAAAUCACAUUCUUUUAACCCUAGAGUGGUAAACACCGCCUGUGAGGCGAAGAAUUUUUUUUUUUUUUUGCAAUAUUUCCUGAUCGUUCACUCGUAUUAAGGCGUGCGCUCGUGCCAACUCAGUUGAGUGUUGUACGAGCUUGGGCACAGACGUAUUUUGAUUUGCUGCGUUGCGUUGGUUAUAUAUAGAUACGUGUGUCGCCUCUGAGGCGAAGUUUACCAAUAAAGUUUUUAGAGAUGGCUCCUCCUGAUGUGCAGUUACUCAUAUGGCUGGAGGAGAUAUCGCUUGAUGGAAGUGAACUUGAUGACGAUAUGGGUGUAGAUAUCGAUUCAGAUGAUAGUGUGGCUGAUCCCACUUACGUCGAUGAUUUCGACGAUGGCAUGCAGUAUAUUGAUGUAUCUAAUGAAAUUGAUGUCAAUAUACAAUCCACACCGACUCAUGUUCAUGAAGCUGUAGACACGUCGCAAAAUGGCGAACAAUUGGCUUGUGAGAACUGGAUAAUUACGCCAUCGGCAUGGGUUAUGAGGGGUAAGAACAAAUAUAUAUGGUCUUCCGAACCGUCUUCGACAACAAAAGUAUCGAACAGAACUCCUUCGAGAAACAUAGUUCAUAUUACGCCAGGGCCAAAAGAAGGAGCCAAGGGUAUAGUAGAUCCCUUGAAGUGUUUUGAACUGUUUUUUACUACAGAAUUGAAGGAUGAAGUACUCUUACGCACUAAUGAAUAUAUUGACCAAGCAGCUACCAAGUAUACAAUUCAGAAUACCACUACAUCACAGGUAACAAUAGAAGAGCUUCGUGCUCUUAUCGGUAUAUUUAUCAUGAGUGGUGCGUUAAAAAAUAAUCACUUGUCAACUGUUGAACUGUUUGACCCUACUAUUUGUGAUGUGAAAUAGUAGGUGGAAAACCCACAAAUUUUAUUUUGUCUUCCAGAACUUAUUUUAAGUUUUAAGAUUUAUAUUAUUUUUUAAUAUGUUAAUUAGAUAUAAGGUCUACAAGACACUGAAGUUUUUUUUUUGAUCUCAAACUGUUUUUUUAUUUUUUUAUAUUUUUUUUGUAAAAGAUCUAUUCAUACUACUAAUAAAAUAUGUGAUCCAUAAAUGUUGCCAAUAAAAUAUUUAGGAAAAAUGAAUUGUUUUUUGUUUAUUUUUAUUACCAAGCAUGUAAUAUAUACGUUUUUGUUUUUGUUUUAAUAAAUUUUUGUUUUGUUAAGGGUAAAAUUUGGGUUUUUUAUAAAAGUCGCCUCACAGGCGAAGAUUACCAUUA